AUGGCACCUGCGCAAAGGAGCACAUGUCCAUGUUGUGUAAAUUUUAGGUUAGAGUUUUAUUUUUAGCAGUUAUGUCCGAUUUAUUAAUAAAAUAACCAUUCAAACUAAUAUUUAUCGCAAAUAUGACGGUUGACGUUGUAGUACAAAGUAUCAUCGAUGAAAAUUUCAUCGAAAGAAGACCAAUUUUUUCAGAAGACGGGAAUAACAUAUACGUGAUAGACAGAGACUGCGUGAAAGAAUUUAGUGUACAAACUUCGGAGUGCUGCUGUACAUUCUUCCAAGAUGGCGAAAGUCUCAGAAAGACGCAUAGCAAUAUAGUCGGCAUUGCAUUCCAUGAAAACUAUUUGUAUGCCUGCACCUCUAAUUUGACGUUUUUGAAAUGGUCUCGGAAAGGGGAAUUGAUUCUCACAGCAAAACGUGAGUGCUAUCCAAAAUGCAAGCCUUUCGAUUUGACUAUAGUAGACUAUGACCACGGCUCAGGAAGUAUUAGCCAACCUCAACUAUUUGCGUUCGUCAGGGAUAAAAGUCAACAGAAGGUACAAAUCCAAACGUUCAGCCUGAACUUUCAACGAAUGAAGAGGUUUGUCUACAGAGGUGUUGCAGACCCGAAAUUGAUCGCAUUGGGGUGUGUGGAUGACAGACAUUUUGUGGCUACUGCCCUCGGUAGAGAGCUACUAGUUUACGAUUUGGAAGAUAGUACCAAGCCUGCUUUCAAGUUCAGCAACUCAGUCUCGGACUGGGCCGUGGUGAGGACUGUGCCCCAUGUUGAUAGCAUAGCGGCCGGAGACAAGAAGGGGAGAGUUGUGCUGUAUCAGCAUAUUUUCGAGGAGACCCGUAAAAGGAAGCACAAUGACAGGCGGAGUUUUGUGGCUGCAGCUCUCUAUCACUGGCAUGCACAUCCUGUUAAUGAUAUUGCCUUCUCUCCUACUGGCACCCAAAUGUACACAGGCAGCGAAGAGAUGGUGUUAGUAAGAUGGAACGUACGCAACCCGAGCAUACGGGAAUACGCCCCCCGCCUCCAGUCCAGCAUCCAGCACAUAGUGGUGUCCCCCUGCAACACCACGGUGUCCGUGUCGCUCGUGGACAACGCCCUGGCACUGGUCUCCGCGCAAAUGCAGCUGCAUCAUAUCAUACAGAAGUUGACCUGGUAUUUGGAGCCGGCCGACCCCAACCAGCAUAAUAUAUUGCCGGCGCGAAUGUGCUAUGAUCCUAAUUCAAGAUGCGUAGUUAUGAACGGUCGACACGGUCACCUCCAAUUCAUCAGCCUCACCCGGCAAGAGCUGGCCUACAGCAUGGACAUCUGUGAAUGCAAUUAUAUAAGGGAGCCCGAAGUGCAGCUGCAACUGAUGCAAGUGAUGCGGGUGGCCGUGAGCCAAGAUGGCCGCUGGAUGGCCACCGUCGAGAUGCGUGAUGACCGACAAACCGCCAGGGAGGUGCUCAUGAAGAUGUGGCAGUAUGAUGAUACGCAGAGAAGGUUUGUGAUGAACACGUGUAUUAAUCUGCCCCAUUACGACUAUGCAGUGACAGCUAUGAGGUUCCAGCCGACCAGAUCUCUGGCAGGCGAGAAGCGAAGCUCUACCAUGCUGGUCACAUCUGGAGAAGAUAAAAAGUUCCGGGUGUGGACCUCUGGCAAAAUGCUCGUUGGAUCUAGAGGCGAAUACACGACAACAUGGACCAAUGACAGAGUGGGUUUCUACCGCGACAAGGAGGGAGGUGCCGUGGCUUUCUCGUAUGAUGGGUCAGUGCUGGCCGUUGGCUUUGGAGCCAGUCUUACUGUCUGGGACUCCGACACUGUUGAGAUGUCAGCGUCACUCACCAGGGGGCCUGAACCUAUCAAUUUCAUCGAAUUCGAGCAGAAGCCCUACAGCCACAUGGUGGUAACGGCCAGCACUAGUACCCUGCAGGUGUGGGACCUGCUCAGUCUGUCAGUGGUCUGGUGUGUCAAGCUGAACGUCACAGCACUAACAGCUGAUCCGCUGUCCGAGCACUUUGCCGCGUUCACAGCCGACAAUCAGCUGUUUGUGUUCAAGACGGAACAGCGCAUGCCCGUCGUCAAAAUGGCCGCUACAAACAAAAUGGCUGCCGCUGCCAACAACAAGAUGGCCGCCGCUGAAGAUGGCGGAGAACAAAGGUCUUCUUCUCCUCCUGUCAUGGCCGCCAUUUUUGUGCCGCGUGGCGGUGAGGAUGAGGGGAAGGAUGGUGCUGAGGAGGAAGAGGGGAGACUGCCCAGCUGGAUGGAAAAGUCCAAGUUGUACUAUGUAACUCAGUCACAGGAAUUGUUAGCAAUCGACGUGAAAUCGUCGACAUCCUCGUGGCAGACGCUACCCGCAGUUUCCUUGGACGAUAGCGGUCAAGCAUUGAGGGGUCCCUAUGCUCUGCUCACUGCCAAAAAAGUCAGACAGGAGUCGAUGGAUGAGGACCUCGUCGAAGAUAUCAACCAGAGGAUGGGCAAUUUGGUGGAGCAGUCCACUAGGAAGUUACUGAGUAUACCCAUCCACGCCGUACCUCACAUAUCUCUACUGUGUGAAGAUUUCUUAGCCUGUCAGUUAUCAGCUAAACACGAAUUUCCAGACUCCUCGCGUCUCCAAGAAAUGGAAACUGAAGUGGAAGAAAAGAUGGCGGAGAAAACAAAGAAGAAGAAAAAGAAAAAGAAGAGGAAAGAAAUCACUAAUGAAAAUGUCAAUGAAAUUAUAGAUGAGGUCGCCCUAGAAAAUCUAUUUUCAAUAGAUACUUCACCUGGAGCUGAUCUGAACAUGGACUUAGAAUAGGCUGCAAUUUUAAGAGAAUAAAAAUUCUUCCAAG